AGCACAUCUCUCCGGAGCUGGGCGGAACAGCAGGAACCCAAGGCAAAAGAUUUGCUGGGAGGAUGGGUCGCAGACCAAGGUACUGUUCGCCUGCGGCGCCGCCGGAUGUGCCGUCUUCCUCUACAAUGGUGGCUACGAAGAAGGUUCCCGUCCUAAACACAGCCUACAACGCGGGUAUGCUUCACUCCAUCGCGGGUGACUGGAACCCGAACAUGAAAGUUGUGUUCAAGGGCGCGGGGAUAGAUGAGUUGUGCAAAAUCAAGCUCCUAGGCAAUAGAAAUCGUAUCUUCUCCAUGUCUCUUCUGUCACGCAUAGAUCCAAAAAACAUGAAGAUGGACAUGGGGGAUGGUAACUUUGUAGAGAUAAAUGGUAGGGAGGUUUCCAAAUGCCUAGGACUAGAGCCUUGUGGUAGGAAGAUAGAUAUUCCCGGUGGUGCUUGCUUGGCAGACCGGGGAGCCUUGCUAGCAAGGUUGCAUGACAUUUUAGAUACACAAAUGCACAAGGCAUGCAAGAUCCCGAUUGUGAAAGUAAAGAAUAUAGUGCAAACUGCAAGCAAGGUAGCAAUAGUUGGCGCAGAGAAGGAGAAGAUGAUGGCGGCAUGUACAAUCAUAGCUGCCUCGACUUUUCUUGUUCCAAAAGGAGCCCAUCCGAGAAUUUCGUACGAGCUGCUGCCAGUUCUUGCUGACCCAAGUCACAUAUCAGACUAUGAUUUUUGUGAUUAUGUGGUCGAGGGGUUGAGAGAGGCUGCAACCAAGCUGAGGGAGGAUCUUCUCCAUGACCCUUCUCAGUUAAUCCUCCAGGGGUGUCUCGUUAUACCGCAGAUAAUUUUCUGUGACUACCACGAGCACGGGAUGCAAGGACGUGAGGGCUUGCCACUUCCUAGGCUGGCUCACUACUCGGACACGUUCAUGAGACUACAGACCAAGAAGCAUGCAGCGAGGAACGGUGUGGAUGCUGGCUUUGAGGUAUCAGAUGUGCCUAGAUCUCCGGCAUUCAAUGUUGCUUCCGGGAGUGCAGCUCCAGCCCAACCGUUGAACACACCAAGCCCUGGUGUGCAUGCUACGGCUGCUGGAUUUGGCAUGGCCCAGGACAAGGAGGUGGAUCCGCAGAUUCUAGCGGCUCUAAGGGAAGCAGUGGAGAACCAGUUCAGAAAACGCGAGGAGGCAUUUGUCAAGAUGGUCGACGAGGCGAAAGAUAAGGUACUGGAAGAAAUACGCACGAAGGCAGCUGCAAAACGGCAGAGAGAUCUAGAGGAAACUCUAGAUGAUUUCAUUGAAAGGGUUAAGAGGCAAGCUCCAGUUGCUGCGGCAUUUCCUAAUGUGAGCCAGUCCCCGCAUGUUCCAAGAAGGAUGACAGAUAUUGUCACCGAUCUCGCAGCAACGUCACGUGAGGCGGCGCGUUCUCUCAUGGCUGUUGUGGUCCGAAACGAGGAUGCAAAUAAGGAACAUGUGCCGGAAGCGGGCCAAGCUGCUCGUCAGGGCGCGGCCAUUCCAACCAUCGAGUCUGCACGUGGAAAAGAGCCAGUGACCCCGCUUGAGUAUGAUGAGCCUAUGGUGCCUGAUGACGAGCCGGACGAUAAGCCAAUGAUAGAAGAUGUAAAAGGCAAAGGUCCUACCAUUCAAUUGCCUCCUCGUAGAUGCACGAGACAGACUACCAUGCAUGAGGCCCUUGGCUGUGGUGCAAGGGAUCAAGUGGUGCCUGAUAUGAUGCAUCGUGGAGAUACCACCAUGGGCGAAGCUGUUGCGCCGGACCUGCCGAAACAACGUAUUUCCACAGUCACACCGCUAGGGAACAAGAGGCUUGCCUUACCUGGAGGUGGCCAGCAGAGUAACCCACUGCCUCUAGCGGUUGUUCCAGCAAUGCCACCCCAGCCACCUGCUGCACAUAAUUAUGGCUUUUCGCCGUUUGAGCUGGAACUUCAUCACUUCUUCUACCCAGACCACGUCUGCAUGGAUUUAUAUGAGACGGUCGAAAUGCUUAGCGAGCCGUCCGAACUUAGCAGGACUUGGUUCGAACACUUCAAUCCUACUGUCCUACGCCUGGAUGGUCACAAGAUCAAGUACCAGUUCAGUUUGCUUGGUGAAAUGCUGUACACGGGACUCGAUGCAUGGGUGCGUGGGUGGAAUGAGAGAGAGAGUAGGAUGAUGGCAAGAGUACACCUGCCAAACUGGAGGGGUUUGGUUCCUCCUGAUGUUGUGCUACACAUGGAUAGCAUCGAUUCUGCCGAGACACGCGAGCUCUUGUUGGGGCUGCUUGCUGCACCAAGGCUAGGUUUUAGGCUCAGCCUGUGCCGUCUGAUUAUGAUGCCAGCGUGGCUCUGGCAUGCUUGGAGCUUGUACGUCUUUGACAUGGAGCGCAAGAUACUCAAUGUGCUUGAUCCGUUGUACACAGAUCAGACUACGCGUGUGUAUGAGAUAAAACAUGGUAGUACGGUGCGCACGGUUGUUAGAGCUUUGAAGAUUAUUGGCAUGAUGAUGGAUGACGGCUGGGAUAUGGACAUUACCAAAUGGACGGUGGUCUAUAACGUGGGGAUGCACGUUUCGUGCAGUGGGGGUGAGACACCCGGAUACAUUGCGUACUACGCUGACAACUUCAACGGUUUCGGCCUCGAGGAAGAUGUCCCAGUUCAUGGGCUUCCACAACGUCGGAAGAGAAUGCUUUACGAGACAUUAGCAUGCCAAGGCAACACUGCUCCUCGCCCUGGCAUAAUGGAGAUAGUUGAGGAAGAGCAAGAAUAGAUUUGCACCGAAUGAUUGCGUCAUUCGGGCAUCAGUUCGUUCGUGGCAAGGUGUGCCAUUUUUUGUAGCGGGCUUGCAGCCGGUUUUGUCAUCCCAUGAGAUGUGUUGGGAUUGGCAUUCACAUUAUCGCUUGAACUUUCUUAGUUGUAAUUUCUAUGUGGAGUGAGUUGCCAUGCACGAGGGCAACUGUAUUUUGUAAACACGACUUCUGGUUGCUAAUCAGCCGUGACCAUACAUGAGUGUGUGUCGGUUUGCAUUAGUUUGUUUGCAACAAAUGAUUGAGUAUGUUAGCCUAGCUAAACA